CUAGGAAUCUCCUUCUCUAUCUCUCUCUCUCUCUCUCUCUCUCUCUAGUCACUACAUAUACCUUUCUUUAAUUGCGACGCUUUUAACUACCCACUGUAACUAUUCUUCUUCUUCUUCUUCUCUGUCACUCUCUUUACUUUUGCUUUCCCCUUUUAUAGCUUUCAUGGCAACGUUUCUCUGCAAUGUAAUGUGAUCACCACCGACACUCAAUGGCUACCGGAGAUAGAGCUAUGUUCCCUGUUUUGCUUCUAAUCUUCUCUGCGAUCUCUGGAUUCUCGGUUGUGCACUGUGUUACUGAUCCAUCUGAUGUUCAAGCCCUUCAGGUUUUGUAUACUUCACUGAAUAGUCCUUCACAGCUAACCAAUUGGAAGAAUGGAGGUAGUGAUCCAUGUGGAGAGUCAUGGAAAGGGAUUACUUGUGAUCGCUCAGCAGUUGUCUCUAUCAGAGACAUAUCGGAUUCAGGAGUCUCUGGCACUCUUGGAUACUUGCUCUCAGACCUUAUGUCACUCAGAAAAUUGGAUGUUAGUGGAAACAGCAUCCAUGACACACUUCCAUAUCAGUUGCCACCGAAUCUCACAAGCUUAAACUUGGCGAGAAACAACUUAAGUGGUAACCUUCCAUACUCCAUAUCUGCUAUGGCUUCUCUUACUUACAUGAAUGUAAGUGGUAAUUCACUUUCAAUGUCGAUAGGAGAUAUCUUUGCUGAUCAUAACUCACUUUCAACCUUGGAUCUUUCUCACAACAACUUCAGUGGCGAUCUUCCGAGUUCUGUGAGUACAGUGUCAAAACUUUCCGUUCUCUAUGUUCAGAACAAUGAGUUGACAGGUACCAUUGAUGUACUCUCCGGUUUGCCUUUGACAACUCUAAAUGUUGCAAACAAUCAUUUCAAUGGAUCCAUACCUAAAGAGCUCACCUCUAUCAAGACCUUACUCUAUGAUGGUAACUCCUUUGAUAAUGCCCCUGCAUCUCCUCAACCAGAAAGACCUGACAAAAAAGGGAAACCUUCUGGUUCUAAGAAACCCAAAACCAGCCCUAAAGCUAAAGGAAAGGGUUUGUCUGGUGGAGUAGUCUCUGGUAUAGUCUUCGGUUCUCUGUUUGUUGCUGGUAUCAUAGCACUUGUUCUUUACCUAUGCCUUCAUAAGAAGAGAAAGAAAGUUGGAGGAAGCACAAAAAGAGCUUCUCAAAGAAGUCUACCACUUAGUGGAACAACCCAAGUGCAAGAGCAGACGGUUAAAGACUUGAAGUCUUCGCCUGCAGAGAAAGUAACGGUCGACCGGGUAAUGAAGAACGGGUCUAUAAGCAGAAUGAGAUCUCCAAUCACUGCUUCACCAUACACCGUCUCCUCUCUCCAAGUAGCAACAAACAGCUUUAGCCAAGAAAACAUCAUCGGUGAAGGAUCUCUAGGCCGUGUCUACAGAGCAGAGUUCCCCAAUGGAAAGGUAAUGGCGAUCAAGAAGAUUGAUAACGCAGCGCUUUCGUUACAAGAAGAAGAUAAUUUCCUAGAAGCUGUUUCCAACAUGUCGAGAUUGAGGCAUCCGAACAUUGUUCCCUUGGCUGGAUACUGCACCGAGCACGGCCAACGUCUUCUGGUCUAUGAGUACGUUGGCAACGGGAAUCUAGACGAUAUGCUUCACUUGAAUGAUGAUAGAAGCAUGAACUUGACUUGGAACGCGCGUGUUAAAGUGGCGCUUGGGACUGCUAAAGCUCUGGAGUACUUGCAUGAGGUUUGCUUGCCUUCAGUUGUACAUAGGAACUUCAAGUCAGCGAAUAUAUUGCUAGAUGAAGAGCUAAACCCUCACUUAUCAGACUGUGGGUUAGCUGCUUUGAAUCCUAACACUGAGAGACGGGUUUCGACUCAAAUGGUGGGUUCAUUUGGAUACAGCUCUCCAGAGUUUGCAUUGUCUGGGAUCUAUACUGUUAAAAGUGAUGUGUACACUUUUGGAGUAGUCAUGCUUGCGCUCUUAACUGGUCGGAAGCCUCUUGACAGCUCGAGGACGAGAGCAGAGCAAUCAUUAGUGAGAUGGGCGACACCGCAGCUUCACGAUAUAGAUGCUUUGUCUAAAAUGGUUGAUCCUUCUCUUAAUGGCAUGUAUCCAGCUAAGUCACUGUCUCGUUUUGCGGAUAUCAUUGCUCUUUGUAUUCAGCCGGAGCCAGAGUUCAGGCCUCCAAUGUCAGAGGUGGUGCAACAGCUGGUGAGGUUGGUUCAACGAGCAAGUGUAGUCAAACGAAGAUCUAGUGAUGACAAUGGAUUUUCUUACAGGACACCUGAACAUGAGCACAUGGAUUUCUCAUUCUGAGUAAUAAAUAAACAACAAACUUCUUUUUUUGUUCAUUGGAAGCUAAAAAGAAGCUCCAAAAUUGAAGAGGGAGACAGUUUUGUGCAAUUACAUGAAGGACUCUGAACCAAAGGACGUGACAAAGAGGUAAAGAAUGCACAUCUUGGUUCAGACCAAAAAGUAUGAAACUUUGUUUGGGAGUGAGGAUAAAAUUAGAGUACAUAAGAGUUUCUGUAUCAUGUUUUGUUCAUCUGUUUUAUUCUUUCUUUUUGUCCAAAAAACAAUCAAUCAAUCAAUCUGAGACUUUCUUUUGCAGUGUUCUCUCUCUUU